AAAGCACUCUAUAUAUUGGGAGCUUCGUUCCGGCAUGUAGGGUUUUAGCCGCCGCUUGCGACCAUGGUGAAGGGCAGGCAAGGCGAGCGAGUUCGGCUUUACGUCCGUGGAACAGUGCUCGGCUACAAGAGAUCGAAGUCGAAUCAGAAGGAGAAUACGUCGUUGAUCCAGAUCGAGGGCGUCAACACCAAGGAAGAAGUGGGAUGGUACUGCGGCAAGCGGCUGGCUUACAUCUACAAAGCGAAGGUCAAGAAGGAGGGAUCUCACUAUCGGUGCAUCUGGGGAAAGGUCACUCGUCCUCAUGGAAACAGUGGCGUUGUCCGGGCUAAGUUCAAGUCCAACUUGCCGCCAAAGUCCAUGGGAUCCAAGGUUAGGGUUUUCAUGUACCCAAGCAACAUCUGAGUUCAACUAGAGGGUCUCCUGGUGAGCAAGAGUUGUUGCUGGAGUUUGGCACACAAAACCUGCUGGUUUUGCUGAACUGGUGUUUUUUUUUUUUUUAUCAAUUGUUUAACAAUCAUAAUCUCUCUUUUCAGUGAAAGCUGGGACUUAUGCUCAGAUUUACUACAUUUGAAGUCUUUUCUGAUUUAUUGUCUACAUAUAUAUAUAUUGCCCUUCAUUUUA